AUGUGCACCGCUACCGAAACUGCUAAUAAGACGAUCAAUAACAGCAGCAAUAACAACAACAACAACCACAAGAAUACCUGUGAAAUUGAAUCUGAGACUGAGUCAUCUGAAACGGAAACGGAGGGUAGCAGUAUGCCAAUCGUGGAGGAACCAAAAGGGCCCUUUGCGGAAUAUGCAUCUGAAAGAGUAUUGAGAAGCCUUGGCGGAUUCCAAGAAUCAGUAGAAUCUGCUUAUCGAAAAUCGCUUCCUCAGGAUAAGCUUGCUGCUGCAAAUCAGCUGUCACCUGAUGCUGACUCGACGCUGCAUGCUACAGGAAUUGAUUGGAAGGACGUUUCGAUUGAAAAUGUUCUAGGAGAAGGUGGAUUUUCUUUUAUUUUCAAGGUAAAAUUGGAAAAGAAAGAAUUUGCCUUAAAAUGCCUCAAGGCUAAAGCCAUUGCAAAUGAAGAUGACUUGGAAUUCAAUGCCAUGGAUCUGUACACAGAAUCCUACCUAUUAUCACAUUUGAAUCAUGAGCAUAUCAUUGGAAUCCACGGUGUGAUGGAAGGAAGCUUGUCCGACUCGUACUUGAAAGAUGGGUAUUUUAUACUUUUGGAUAUUAUGGACACGACUCUCUUUGAUGCCUUGGAAGUCUGGAGGGAGGCGGCUACCUCGAGCAAAUCACUGAAAUCCAAAAAGGCGGCCAUCAGCCUGAGGGUGCAAAAUGUCAUGAAUCCAGUUGUCGAGGCCAUGCAGUACUUGCACCAACACGACAUUGUGUUGCGCGACCUGAAACCAGAGAAUAUCGGAUUUGAUCAACAGGGACAAGUCAAACUUUUUGAUUUUGGACUCGCACGGCACAUUUCCGUUAUUGGUGAUGGUGACGUUGCUGGAUCCAUUUGUUAUAUGGCACCGGAAGUCAUGCUGAAGGAAUCUGUCAACUUUUCAUGUGAUGUCUACUCGUUUGCCAUUGUACUAUGGGAACUCUGCACCCUACAAAUUCCUUUGUCAGAAUUUGCAGACUUGGAAGAGGUAGAACGCAAGGUUGCCAAGGGAAACUGGAGACCAUCUACCACUUGGAUUCCGUCCAAGACGCUUCGUGGUCUGAUCAAGGACUGCUGGAACAGGGAUCCUAAAGCACGACCGGACUUUGUGUCCAUUGAAAAGACGCUCCAGAAAUGUUGUAAUAAGGAGAAUCAAGCUUCGGACGGUGGCGGCAAGCUGAAACAAAGUCUUUCCCGAUCCGGAUCCUUCUCGGAGCUCUACUUGGAGGUCUUGAAAAAAUCUUCGAGAAGGACAGGACGAUGA